CGCUCUGAAGCUUCAAACUACCCCAGUUAUCCGGCGCGGUUCCUUGCUUGUGUCGAGCAGAGAUCACAAAACCAAGAAACAGCUGAGGCGCCGCGCGCGGAGGUAGCUGCCUGAACUAAUCGGUGUCGCAAUGGCUGCAACGAGUAUGAUCAGGGCGCCGAUUGGGCCGAACCCGAGGCUCGCGUGCUACGCCCCGGCGAGGGGCGGCGGCGUGGUCAGGUGCUCGUUGCAGGGCGCGGUCGUCGGCGGCCGGGCGGAGUGGCAGAGCAGCUGCGCCAUGCUGUCCAGCAAGGUGGCUGCGCUCGGGACGCACUCCAUCAACGGCCACGUCGCGCCGGCGCCGGCGCCGGCGCCAGCGGUGCUGGAUUUGGUCCCCGUGAGUAGUAUGAAUGGCGCCGUGGCUAAGAACCUGCCGCAGCCGCUUCGCAUCGCGGACCUGUCCCCUGCGCCGAUGCACGGGUCGGAGCUACGCGUGGCUUACCAGGGCGUGCCCGGCGCGUACAGCGAGAAGGCGGCCGGGAAGGCGUACCCGGGCUGCGACGCCAUCCCCUGCGACCAGUUCGAGGUGGCGUUCCAGGCCGUGGAGCUGUGGAUUGCCGACCGCGCCGUGCUCCCCGUGGAGAACUCGCUGGGCGGCAGCAUCCACCGCAACUACGACCUGCUGCUCCGGCACCGGCUCCACAUCGUCGGGGAGGUGCAGCUCCCCGUGCACCACUGCCUGCUGGCGCUGCCCGGGGUGCGCAAGGAGUGCCUGACCCGCGUGAUCAGCCACCCGCAGGCGCUGGCGCAGUGCGAGCACACGCUGACAGGCAUGGGCCUGAACGUGGUCCGCGAGGCCUUCGACGACACGGCCGGCGCCGCCGAGCACGUGGCCGCCAACGGCCUCCGCGACACGGCCGCCAUCGCCUCCUCCCGCGCCGCCGAGCUGUACGGGAUGGAGGUGCUGGCGGACGGCAUCCAGGACGACUCCGGCAACGUGACCCGCUUCGUGACGCUGGCCCGGGAGCCCAUCGUGCCGCGCACGGACCGCCCCUUCAAGACCAGCAUCGUGUUCGCGCACGACAGGGAGGGCACCUCCGUGCUCUUCAAGGUGCUCUCCGCCUUCGCCUUCCGCGGCAUCUCGCUGACCAAGAUCGAGAGCAGGCCGCACCGCCGCAGGCCCAUCCGCCUCGUCGACGACGGCAACAUCGGCACCGCCAAGCACUUCGAGUACAUGUUCUACGUCGACUUCCAGGCGUCCCUCGCCGAGCCCCGCGCGCAGAACGCGCUGGCCGAGGUCCAGGAGUACACGUCCUUCCUCCGGGUGCUCGGGAGCUACCCCAUGGACAUGACGCCCAUGACCGCCGGCUCUUCCUCCACCGUUUCCUCGUCCGAUCCCUCGUCGUCAUGAAUUGCCCUCCUGGAUGCUGGAGCUCCGAGGAGAAGUCGCCGAGUAGAGACGUUGGGUUUCUGCUUAUGUCGUCCUACUCGCCCGCCCCUCGCUGCGGCUGGAGUAAUUAAUUUUGAGUUUACUUUAAUCUUUCGUGGUAAUACGUGUAAUUGUUCCGCGGUGAAUAUAAUGUGAGAUAUAUAGUACCAGUAUGGCAUUCAUGUUCGUCUGAACA